AUGGAGGGCAAUUCCAAGCCUCUUACUGGCCUUGCAUGGACAUCUGGCCAGUCACUGUGUCCUAAAGGCCACAACAUAAUUGUAGCCACCGUGGAAGGAGCUUCUGCCAAUUUUCUGAAGGGAUUUAAUCAGAAAUCUGCUCUGUAUCUGACUUGCACCACAGAGUCAACAUCGGAGAAUAUAGAACAAGUAAUUGCAGAUGUUAUGAUAUUGAAUGAAAAGUCCCCUCUACCGGUUGGAUAUGCUUUUAUUGGGGAAUACAUUGAUCCUAAGAUUACAGUUCCAAAGAAGAAAAGGUUCUGCAUGAAGCUGACUCCCAUACAUACUACAGAAUCUGCCAUCGCUGAUCUUAAACUGACUGUGAAAAAUAAGUCGCUUGGAGCACCAUAUACACGACUUGGUGAGAUGAGUGGCCUGGCUUUAUGGUGCAAGAAGGUUCCAGUAACUGCCCCCAAACCAACACCAAAACCUCGAAAUAUUACGACGGGUGUCAGAGGACUCUCUCUAGACAACGAAAAUCCUGCUCAGCCAGUCACAAAUCAAGCUCCUGUUCCAAAACUGAGUCGAGGACCUUCCAUCACUGAACAUCCUACAUAUGAGUCCAAUGUCUAUGGGAUAUCUGCUGUUGAUGGAAUUCCAUUCACAAUCCACCCAAUGUUUGACAGCAUAAUUGUCGAGCCUUCUAUAAUCUCACCUAGCUUCCAUGACCUUCGAAUCAAAACCCUGGCUGACAUUGAAAAUGAGUACAACUAUGGAUUUGUGGUGGAACGUACUGCAUGCACUAGAUGA